AUGUUUGGUAAUUUUAAUUCUUCGUUCCCGAUAUCACCGCUGGCAGUCUUGCCAAGUUAUGGAUCCUUGUCCAGUGAUCACAUGGAUGAAAGUAUCAAGAUCAUUGUUCGAGAACCUUUACCACAAGAUAUUAAAGGAGCGUUGUUGAUGUCUGAGAGUGUUGAUAGUCGUGAUCAAGAAAGCAAGACAAAUUCCGCCACCAUCAGAGCUGAAGUGACAUGUCUCGGAGAAGCUGAAAUUGAUUCCUUGUUGAAGAGAAUUCCAGAGAUCAAACAUGAUCCAACUUCUUCGGAUGUCAAGGAUUUUUUCAUGAGAGAAAAAUCACUCCACGCACCAAUCACUGCAGAAAUCAUUGCUCAAGAAUUUCCACCUCCUGUGAGUUUGGAAAAACCAGCUGAACUCAUUCAAGAAGAGAAGGAAUUGAUGGGAUCCGAAUUAAUGGUGAUUCGAUAUUUACCUGAAGGUGAAAUUUCUGAUGCUUCAGUUCCAUAUUGGAGUAUUACGUUUUCACAACCAAUGGUUUCAAUAUCAAGUGUUGAACAUGUCGAGUCGAAUGAAAACAUUCCUGUGAAUAUUGAACCAUUACCAAAGAAUGGAGGAAAAUUCAAAUGGUUGGGAACGAAAACACUCAUCUAUGAACCACUCUAUCGUUUUGACAUGUCUACGAAAUAUAAUGUGACUAUUAAGGCAGGAACUCAAUCAAAAAUUGGUGGAAUAUUGAAACAUGAUGUGAAAUUUUCUUUUGAGACACCAAAACUUUAUUUGAGAGAUUAUUUACCAAAGCAUCAAGAUUCAUUUCCUCUCAAUGAAUUUCCAAUUUUCUAUUUGGAAUUUGAUCAAGAAAUUAACCCUGAGAAUGUUUUACCAUUUGUGAAUGUCGAUACCUCUCUCCCCAUGUUGAAACUUGUCUCGAAUGAUGGAAGAUCUGAAACACCUUCAGUGAAGGAAUAUAUCAUGGGACUCAUGAAAGAAUUGAAUCUCGAAAAGAAAGCUUCAAAUAUUUAUUAUUCUUACAAAUCAAAAUUAGAAAAUUCUCCAAAAGGAAGACAUUUAUGGUUCACUUUUUCAACAAGUUUGAAUCAUAGGAUUGAAAGUUUGAAUGUGACUGUUAAAGCAGGUGUGAAAGGACUCGAAGGACCAUUACCCACUGAAAAACCAUCCUCUUUCAUUGUAAAGAAUUAUCCUGCAUUUACAAUUACCCAAUCUUAUGAAGCAUCACUACUUCCCAUGCAACCAUUAACGAUCAGUUUUUCAAAUAAUAUUGAUCUUGAAAAAUUCGAUGAAAAUACAGUGAGAGUUGAACCUGAAAUUGAAAGAAUGGAAUUGAAUCCAAAUGGUAAUUAUCUCACCAUUAGUGGAAAAAUUAAGGGGAAAACAAACUAUAAGGUCACCUUUAAUGAGAAUACUUUCCAAGAUGUUUGGGGACAACAUCUUUCAGGUGACAAGUCCAAAACAUUCCACAUUGGAAAUGCCGCCCAAUCACUUCAAGCUUUGCAAAGUGGUGUCAUGGUUUUAGAUCCAACUGUGAAUACGAAACCAAGUUUCUCUGUGGUUACAAUGAAUUUACAAGCCAUUCAUUGUCGUGUUUUUCAGGUGGAACCCAAUGAAUACAAUUCAAAUGUAUUCAAUUAUAAUGCAUACAGUAACACGAAUUAUACAUUUCCUGGAAAACAAGUUCUGGAUGCAACCAUCAAUACAAAUGGUCAAGAAGAUGAACCAUGUGAUACAGAUAUUGAUUUAUCACUUUUACUUCAAUAUCCAAAAGAAAAUAUUGGACAGUUAUUUAUUGUUGUGGAACCAGAGAAAUCGAGUUGGAAAGGAGAAUGGAAUUAUAGACCUAUUCAUCAAGCAUGGAUACAAGUGACAAAACUUGCUGUUGAUGCCAUUUAUGAUAGUUCUGAUUGUACAUUGUAUUAUUGGGUCAAUUCAUUGAUGGAUGGAUCGAUCAUGAAAGAAAAUAUCAGUGUGAAAAGUGGUUCAAUUUCAAGCACACCUGAUAGAGAGAGUGGUAUUGGAGUCAUGAAGAGGAAUAGUAAUUUGAAUAGUAAUUGUUCAGUGAUUGCAUACCAUGGAAAUGACAAGUGUUUCAUUCCAGAUGUUUAUUUAAGUCGUCAUUAUCCACACACUGGAAUUAGUUAUCAAAUAUUCAAUGACAGAGGUUUAUAUAAACCUGGAGAAACAGUUUCAAUUAAGGGAAUUGUUAGAACCAUUUUGAGAGAUCCAGUCAAGAAGAAUUACAGUGUUGGAAUACCAAAAGAUAGCAACACGACCUCUGAAUUCACAAUAUUCGAUUCUCGUUCCAGCAAGUAUCAUUCUGGAAGCAUCACUCUCACAUCCAAUGGAACGUUUGAUUUUACAUUCAAAAUUCCUGAUAAUGCAAAUUUAGGAAAUCAUACCAUCAAUUUCAGUCCAUUAUCCAUGUCUCAUUCAUUCCAAGUUCAAGAAUUUCGAACUCCUGAAUUCAAUUCAAGUUGCAGUGUUCAACCUGGAAAUUAUGUGGUGAAUGGUCCUGCUGCUUUGUGUACCACUCGUGCUCAAUACUACAGUGGUGGUGGAAUCUCUGGAGGCACAUGUUCGUAUAUCAUUAGACAAAAUAAGACCAGUUAUAUUCCACCCAAUAGAAGUGGUUAUUCAUUUGGAAAGAGUACGGCUUCACCAUUUGGAAGCUGGUUUGGAUCCUAUCUUACCCCUUCUUUUUCAUUGGGUGUCAACAAUUUAUCAGCCAGUACCACUUUCCAAGGCAUGACAGACAUGAAUGGAGAACAUCAAAUUGCAUUGCUAUUUGAAGAAAGUAAUCGAAUUGAGAAAGUACCUAUUUCCAUUUCUAUUGAAUCCACAGUUCAAGAUAUUAACAGACAAACCAUUUCUUCAAGCACAUCGUUUGUGGUACAUCCAUGCAAAUAUUAUUGUGGAUUGAAAUUUGGAAAACAAUUCACAAAGCCAAACACACCUGUCAUGGUAUCAUUGUUGACCACAAAUAUCAAUGGUGAAUUAAUUCCAAAUAUUGAUAUGGAUCUCACUGUAACCACACAUGUGGAUGUGAAAAAAGGAUUUAAAUAUGUUCAAGAAAAAGUUGAAAUUCUCAAGAAAACAUUCAAAUCCAAUUCAGAUUCAGCCAUAGAAUUUCCAAUUCAGUUUGAAAAUGGUGGAGCCUAUGAUUUUCAUGUUUCAAUUCGUGAUCCUGAAAGUGGAUUACAAAACUCUUGCUCAAGUUCACUUUAUGUGACAGGUGGAAAGAAUGCAAAAGAAGAACGUGUUGGAAAAGUAUUACAACAAAAACCUCUCUUACUCAUUCCAGAUAAGAAUGAAUAUAGUGUUGGAGAUAAGGCAACCAUUCUCAUACAAUCACAAUUAGAUGGUCAUUUAUAUGGUGUAUUGAGCAUGUGUAUGGAUGGAAUUUUCGAAAAACCAAUUCCAAUUGAAAUUGAUCCUUCGAAUGGUUGUACUGAAUUUUCAUUCAUCAUUACAAAAGAUCACAUUCCAAAUGUUAAAAUUAUGGUUGAAAUGAGUGGAUCUGAAUCGAGAGUAGAUCACGUUGGAAAUGUCUUGAACAAUGAACCAAAACAACCUGCAUUUGCCUCUGGAAAUUGUACUAUUAAUGUCUCAAAAUUGAGUCAUGAAUUACAAGUGGAUGUGAAACCUGAAAAACAAUUUCUCACUCCAGGAUCAUCCACAUUUAUUCAAGUCACUGUGAAAGAUGCUCUCACUCAACAAUUCGUACGCAACAGUGAAGUGUGUAUUGUUGCUGUGGAUGAAGCUGUGCUUUCAUUAACUGGUUAUCGAAUUUCAAAUCCACUUGAUACAUUUGUUGUUUCAAGAAAUAGUAAUUGCACUUCAAGAUGGUCUCUGAGAAGCAAUGUAUUUGUCAAGAGAUUUGAUGACAUUAGAUUUAACGAACCGCCUAGAAUGAUUGAAAAAGAAUGUGCGAAACGGUGUUGCUGUAAGAAGAGUUGUGCUGUCCCAUGCUGUAGUUGUUGUGGUGCAUGCAAACAGAGGUUAGCAGAUUGUACAGAGGGAGAAAUGGAUGCCCCUCAAGAAGAUUCCUCGAUUUCAGUCCGAAGUAAUUUCAAUCCACUUGCAAUAUUUAGUCCAAAAGCAAUGACCGAUGAAAAUGGUAUUGCAACGGUGAAUUUAACACUUCCAGAUAAUUUAACCAAGUAUCGAAUUACUGCAGUUGCUUUGAAAGAUGAAAGUCAUUUUGGAAUUUCUGAAAGUUCAAUGACUGCACAAUUACCAUUGAAUAUUAGACCUUCACUUCCAAGAUUUUUGAAUUUUGGAGAUUGUGCUGAAUUUACAUGUGUGUUACAAAAUCAAACUCUUAUGGAUUUAAAUGUGAAUGUUGCCAUUCGAUUCACAAAUUUGACAUUAUUGGACGAAUCAAAGAGAGGAUUAAAUGUUAAAAUUCCAGCCAUGAGUAGACAUGAAUUGAGAUUUCCAAUGAUGACAGAAAAAGUUGGAAUUGCUCGUUUUCAAGUUGGAGUUUCCAUAGCAAAUAGAGGAAUUAAUUUUGGUGAUGCUGUUGAAAAAGAAAUUCGAGUUUUUACACCUGCAACCACAGAAGGAUUUGCCACUUAUGGUGAAGUUGAUAACAAUGGAAAUGUAUUUCAACCCAUUCGUGCACCUGAGAAUGUUUAUCCUCAAUUUGGUGGUAUCAAUAUCACCACAAGUUCUACUGCUUUAUCUUCAUUGACUGAUGCAUUCAUUUAUUUAUAUUCUUAUCCGUUUGAAUGUUGUGAACAAUUGGCAAGCAAAAUAUUAACAAUUGUGGCAUUGAAAGAUGUUUUACAAGCAUUCAACGUUCCUGAUCUUCCAAGUGAAACACAAAUCAAUGAUUUGGUUCAAAAGAGUAUUCAAUUAUUGGAGAGUCGACAACAUCCCUCUGGUGCUUAUUCCUAUUGGAGUUAUUAUAAUCAUUCAUUAGCUUCACCAUAUGUGACAUGUCAUGUCGCACAUUCAUUGGCAAGAGCAAAGAAAGCAGGAUAUUCAGUGAAUUCUAAUACUAUUUCAAAAUUAUUGAAUGUUCUCAAAACUAUUGAAAAUUACUGUCAAAAUUAUUCUGAAGAGAGUAUUCGUUCUAUUAAGGCAUAUGCUUACUAUUGUGCUGCAUUAUUAGAUGAUCGAGAAGUGAAAGAUUUAGCUGAAAAAUUAUACAAACAAGUGAGAAAUGGAAAUUUAGAAUAUUUGGCAUGGAUUGCUACCACAUUGUAUUUGUGUUAUGCAAAAACAGCAAAUUCAACAGUGAAAGAAAUUAUUGAAACUCUAUGCAAGAGAGUGAAUGAAACAGCACAAACAGCAAACUUUAUAACAAGUUAUGGAGAUGUUCAAACUUCAAAAUUGAUCAUGCUUCAUUCAGAUCGAAGAACAGAUGGAAUUUGUUUAGAAGCUCUUAUUACCAUUACUCCUGAAAAUACAAUCAUUCCAAAAAUUGUGAAAGGAUUAUUGGCACACAAAAAGAAGGGAAGAUGGGGAAAUACUCAAGAGAAUUCAUUCAUUUUACUUGCGUUAAAUACGUAUUUUAGAACAUUUGAAGGUGUAACACCAAAUUUUGUAACAAAAUUAUGGCUUGGUGACGAUUAUUGUGGUGAACAAGAAUUUAUUGGACGUUCCAAAGAUGAAAAAUUGAUCAAAAUUCCAAUGUCUUAUUUAAUUGAGAAGGAUACUCAUACAAAUACUCAUACCAAUUUGUUAUCAUCAUCCUCAUCAUCUUCAUCAACAAGCAAUAACUCUCAAAACAAGACACUGAUCAUUUCUAAACAAGGUGAAGGAAGAUUAUAUUAUAGAAUUGGAAUGGAUUAUUCACAAAAAAAUCUUUUAAUGGAUGCACUUGAAUAUGGAUUUCAAGUUGAAAGAAGUUAUGAACAUGUCACCAAUGCAGAACAUGUUAAAUAUGAUCCUGAAAGAAAUUGUUGGAGAUUUAAGGCAGGUGAAUUGGUUCGAGUGAAACUUCGUCUCACCAAUACAAGUCGAAGAUAUCAUGUAGCAUUGGUCGACAUGUUACCUGCUGGAUUGGAACCCAUUAAUCCUGAAUUGAAAGGAACGCCUUCGACUGCUGAAAUUGGUUCUGACAAUGAUCAUUCCAACAGGAACCAUCGAAGAAGAUUUUAUUGUUGGUGGCGUCAACCGUGGUAUGAACAUCACAAUAUUCGUGAUGAAAGAGUGGAAGCAUUUUCAUCAUUGUUAUGGGAAGGAAUUCAUGAAUUUAAUUAUGUGGCAAGAGCAACAAGUAUUGGAAGUUUUGUGAUUCCACCUGCAAAAGCAGAAGAAAUGUACACUCCUGAAAUAUUUGGAAGAUCGUCCACUGCAUUCGCUGAGGUUUAUGAGUAA